AUAAAUAAACGUUGAAGGUCGAAUUAUUUUAGAAGUUUAUCAUAUUUAUACUAACGUAAUUUCGCUCCUUCAUGAAAUUAAAACAUAUUGGACAUAAAGGGAUUAUAAAAUAUAGUUCAGUUUCUUUUUCAACAACAACUUUUUAAUAUGAAUAUAAUUGAUAUAUCGUGAUAGAGUACAGGCUGUUUUACGACGCCCUUUGAAGCUUUGCAUCAAAAGAACUUUUUUGAUGGAAAAUUACGAGAAAUUAAGAGAGAAGCACCAUGGGAUAUCAAUUUUUUUAAGUGCAUUGUAAGUGUAAAAUAAAUAAAACAUUUUUUUCUCUCGUUGGUUUUCCGCCAGUUUGCUCAACAGACGUUAUUCAUAAAAUGACUAAAUUUUAGAGUGCAAAAACACAAUUGAAUGUUUUACGGAUUUUAAAAGACACAAAGUUCGUUGACCACAACAAAGUUCGCCCUCGUGAGAAAACAGGUCGUUUGUUCCUUGACCACAACAGCGUCAAUCCCAAUUGGACUUCCGUUCCUGUCCGAAUAAAUAUUCUCCUAGCCAGAAAGAAGAUUAGCAGGUUCCUUUGUGGAAUAACUGUGGAGUAAGAUUUCUUGGGAUGUAUGACCUUUGUGUUGUUGGCGCGGGUAUGAUCGGCUCUGCAGCGGCUAAAUAUGCAACUCGAACACCCAACACCUCAGUCUGUCUGAUUGGUCCAUCGGAACUAAAGAACCGAGCUACUAACGGCAGUGGUAUAUGGGGCGCGCAUUACGACGAGAGUAGGGUAGUGCGAGCCUCGGACCCAGAUCCAAUCUGGACCCAUCUAGCACGGUUAUCUGUGGGACGCUUUCGGGAAAUCGAAGAACGAUCAGGUAUUCAGUUUUUCCACGAAGUAGGCACACUAUGGGCGGGAGAAGGAGAAUACUUUUGCAAAGCCACUUCUGUAACCUACCAAGAGAAAACAGGGGUCAAUGUCCUCAAUAGUAAUGAUCUUCACAGUAAAUAUCCAUAUUUGACAUUUAAUAGUAAGGACAACGGGGUUCUGGAAAAGAGCCAUGCUGGUUAUCUGAAUCCGAGAAAAUUGGUUCAAGCCCAAAUAUAUUUAGCACAAAAGAAUGGCUGCGAUUACUUGGAUGACAUCGUCAAAAGCGUUUCAAGAGAAAAUACUUCUAAUGGCACCGCAGUAAUGGAAGUGUUGACUGAAAAGGGAAAAAGAGUUCAAUGUCGAAAGGUCCUCAUAGCAACUGGAGCUUUUACAGAUUUCAGGUCUCUUUUACCUGGGUUAAAGGUGCAACAAAAUCUUAUAACGCUCACCGUGACACAUGCCGAAAUAACCGAGGAGGUCGCCAUGUCCAUGUUGAGGGAAAUGCCAUGUGUGUUAUACAGUGGGUACGGCCAUCCAGAUUGGUUUCCAGAAUUUCCACGCUACGAUAACGGAAUGACUGGGUUCUACAUGACUCCUCCAAUUCGUUACCCUGAUGAUCGAUACUACGUUAAACUUGGCCAUUUCCGAGAUACCCUCAAUCAUGAGUUAAAAUCUGCUCGGGAGGUAGGGGAUUUGUACAAAUACGGAAACCAAGACCUAGGGGAGAAAACGGUACAGUUUAUGAAAACGUUGCUAAAAGGUAUUCCAAUCAAGAAAUGGAAGAGUGACAGUUGUGUUACCGCGUGUACACCAUCAGGUAGACCCUAUAUAGACAUGGUACACGAGCAACUCGGUGUUGCAGUUGGUGGCAACGGGUUUGCGGCGAAGAGCAGUGAUGAAAUUGGUCGCGCAGCUGCUGGUAUGAUCAUCAAUGGUUGGGACUCUCCUUUACCACAUGAUGCGUUCAAAUUAAGGGCAACGCCGUUGUCAUUGCUAUAAUGUUUCUCUUAUUAUAGGGAAUCCUAGGAGUCCUAACAUAGCGUGAAACAAUGUGUCAAUAAAUAUAUAUUUAACCAUCAGAUGAAGCUGUACAUGUAUUACUAUGUUAAGUUCUGUUGGGAAUAGUUUGAGAAGCUAUUUUCAGAAAUGUAAAAUAUAAUAGCAUUGUUUCGUAAAUUAUAUGUUUUUUAUCUCUUACAUAAUUGUGUCAAGUCUUAGAUGUCAUCUUUUUAUACUGCAUUUUACUUCAAUUUUUUAUGCAAAUAGAUGUAUUGCAAAUGGUUUUACGUCCAUUUCACUACGAUUUACUGUGUAUUUUCAUCAAGACUAAUAGAAGUAUUGCCUUAUUUGAAAGUUGUUCAGUGUCUAAUCGAUUGUAUGUUGUUGUUUUUGUGACCUAUUUUAUCGUUUACACCAGUUUUAUCCUGAAUGAUCUGAAAGACUCUGUAUGUAUAAUUUGCUAGGAUUUCCUUUAUCUUUUGGAAAUACAUUGUUAGUUAUUCAAACAAAGACCACCAUAUUAGGCAAGGAAGUAAUCAGAAGUGAGGGGCAUUAUUAAAUUUCUUCUAUUCAAUGCAGAUUUGUUUCUGUGAUUGCAAUUACUGAAGACAUUCUGUAUUAAGUUAUGUCCUUCGCAACAAUGGAGACCUUUUUGGCUGAAAUAUUGCAUUUCAUUGUGCAAUUACUGAUCGUUUUGGUGGACCUUCCGUUAUAAGGAAAUCACCAACCGCGUUUUAUUGAUAUGGUAAAGUAACAUUUGAACAAAUUUCGGUCUUGUGGGAAAUUGUGAAUCAUGCAAAAAUAUGUGUAAUCAGAAAAAUGAACUAAACAGAACAUUUAUUAACCAGAAAGUCAUACAUGUUCCAGCGAUCAUAAUCAGUUGUGGGGCAAUAACAAUAUUGAGUAAAUGAGUUGUUCUAUUAUGAAACAGACAUUAAUGCUUGUAUCCUUGCUUAACCACUGGACUUUAUUUGUAGAAUAAACUUAGUAGCAGACUCACGUCUUGUGUUCGUCGUUCACUACCUUGUCAACACAAACAUACUAGUAAAUGGUUCCGAACGUUGAUUUCAUUUCCAUUUCAUUUUUGAAACUAAAUCAUAUUGUCGUUCAUUGCCAGUGAAGACCCUCUCAAAGCUUGGUCCAUUCUUAACAAGGAAUUGACCAUUUUUCUAAGAUUGCCAAAAUAUUGGUUGGUCUCUUUCAAUCAUGCCAGCACAGAAUCCAUGCUUUUCUUACCAAAAUGCAACAAGCUCGCUCACCCGGAUAAAAUCAUGGCUCAAGGUCAUGCUAGUCAAAUCAUAACGCACGGUCUAAAAAUAUGUCGAAAAGAAAAAUGGACAUACCAUAUAUUGUCUUCGGUAAAUAACACAUGGAAACGAAUAGGCCUUUU